AUGGGCGAAAGAGGUAGUGGCGGCGAUGCCUUUGAUAACGCGAGUGUGGGUGUUCCAGUGUCUUCCAUAAAGAUUGUUCAGACUCUGAAGGAGAUCGUGAACUAUUCCGACUCAGAGAUCUACAUGAUGCUUGUGGAGUGCGACAUGGAUCCUGCUGAAACUCUUAAUCGUCUCCUUUCUCAAGAUACUUUUCACGAGGUGAAGAGAAAACGAGACAAGAAGAAAGAGACCAAAGACCCAACAGAAUUCCGAGCACUUAGCAUCCCGAACCGUGGAGCAAGAAGCAGCGGUAAUAAUAGUUACAACACCACUCGAGGUGGAGGAAACAGAUUCAACUCUAAUGAGACAGGAAGUGUUCAAGCUACACCUGCAAACAUAAGAGAAAAAGCAAAAACUAAUCAUUGGGCUGGUUCUUCUUCAACACAUAGUGUCCUCGGAUGCCAACCUCGACCGAACAGUGAUCUGCAUCUUACAAACGCUGAAGUUAAGAAAGAACUCACGGUUUCGAGUGAUGCAAUCACUUUAUCUUUGCUGCCAUCUCCUCCUUCUUAUCAAUCCGCUUGGAUCAAAGCCAACCCCGGACAGAGAACUAUGGCUGAUGUUGUGAAAAUGGGUAGACCUCUCCAUCAGAAGAAUGCUGUUGGGCUUCGUUCAUCAUCAGAGACUAAAGAAAGCGGAAGUAAAGCUCCUUUGAAGGAUGAAUGGCCUUCACUUGAAAAGCAAGAAUUAUCUUAUGUAUCAUCCUCUCUCUUGAAGCCUUAUGCAGAAUCUAAAACGUCUAACAACGACCAGUUUAGUGAGUCUCAACAUCUGGAUGACACUCAUUUGGAUGAUGAGGUCCCUGAAACAAAAACAAAUCCAACUGUGUUUGCUCCUGAUGUAGACUCCCAGGUUCCAGUGGCUCCAAUACCCAACACUCUGUUAUCGUCAGGCAUUCAAGAUGAACUAAGAGCUGCAAGUAUUUCUCCUCAAAACGCAAUGCCUAAUGCAGGACAACAAGCACCAGCUCUUGCUCAACAUCUUGCCUUAAACCCAUACUCUCAUCAGCCUGGGAUGCCUAUGGAGCAUUAUGGAAAUGUGAUACGCUAUUCUUUAGUGCCGCAGAGUUACAACCCUUACAUGCCUUCAUCAGAUUUUCAGCAAGUGUUUCUUGCUGGUAACCAUCAGUCCUUACCUACCAUGCUUCCCCAAUACAUGCCUCAAGUAAAAGCUUCUCAUGUUCCUCCUCCCUCUGCUUAUGGGUUUGGCGGUGGCGCUUCCUUGAGUGACAACUUUUCUACGAAUCCCACUGAUGAUGGAGAUUCCUACGAAGAUAUCUUGGACUCACAGUUUUUGGAGAAUAUUUUUUUGACAUCAUCACUUCAGCAUCAGAACGAAACCUCAGCAGCGUGGCAUCAAGGACAACAACCUGAGUUGCGUGUGGUUGGUCAUCAGAAUCUGUUGCUGCUCGAUUUCCAUCAAGCCCAGCAACUGUUGCAGCAACGGCGGCAACAGCAGCAACUGCUGCAGCAACAACUACAACAGAUACUACAACAGCAAGAGGAGGAAGAGGAGCAGCAGCAACAACUACAACAGCAGCAGCAACUGUCUCAUCAACAACAACGUGGUGGAGGACAUGAUGACGAUGACAAUUUCACAGGGUACAAUGUCAUUAGAGUAACUCCCUCACAACCACCAACAACAAAACGCUAG